ACUUACCGCGAAUUUCACUAAAUUUAUCACGACGGAGCGGAGAGUUACCGUUUUCCCACGACGAACUUUCAGUUUUAGGCUUUUUUAGGUCUGCUCGAGAGGCUACACCGACAGCACGUGAAGGCAUAGGGUGAUUGUUGAGUCACAGUGUUUACUGGAGGACAGAAUGGAGUCUUCUGGAAGGAGAAGACGGCCAAACCCCAAUGAAGAUGACUUUGACUCAUGGGAUCCGAUGUCUGGAGACUACGACAAUCCAGAUUUUAACCGCUACAGCCAGGGUGUUGGCCGAGACCUUGUGUCCAGCAAUGCGAAAGGAGGUGUGAAACUUUAUGCAGCCGGUAUUCCUUUGGACCUAGGCCAGGAUGGUUUUUUCAAUUUGUUUGCUGAAUAUGGCAACGUGUUAGAUGCCAAACUACAUUCUGGUCAAGAAAAUCAAAGACUUGGCUAUGGCUUUGUUACAAUGGAGACAGCUAUUGAGGCAGAGCUUGCCAUCCGUAAGCUCCACAAAAAGAAAAUUGGAUCAAGUGUCCUGAAAGUUGCCCCAGCCCUAACACAAGAGGAGAAGCAACGACGCAAGAAGCAGCACCAGGUGGAAGCUGAUUUCAUGACUGCCGUUCACCAACAGAGGCAAGAUGCAGCUUCACAAAGUGGGUAUGUCAGUGGUGCUGAAGGAAAGAAAACAGGAUCAGGCAGCGGUCCUCCGUUUCAUCGCGGAAGAGGCCAGGGCUUGCUGGGGGCGGUCCCCGAGGGCUAUGACCCCCGUGGUCGAGGCUCAGGAUUUCCCGGGAUGCAGUCUGUUUGGUACCCUCUUGGACAGCAGAUCUGGAAGCGAGUCCCAGAGCAGCAGCCAUUCAGACCAGGAGUGGGCAGGGGUCAAGGAUUUCAGCCUGCACCCAAGAGUGGACAUGUUCAAGCGAAGAAGACGUGUUUGUGCUGUCGUGCUGAAGGUUCUGCUUUCCGUUGUGGAGGUUGCAAAAUGUACUACUGUUCUGAGAAAUGCCAGAAAAAGGACUGGCCUAAUCACCGAACAAUUUGCCAAGUGGUUCAGGAAUAUUUAGAUGAAAACCUACCCAACAGAAAACAACAAGAUUCUGCUUCAAAUACAAAUGAGGCUGAUUCACCCAAGAAAAAAGAAGCGAAGGCGAACGCAACUUCCAGUAAAGGUGCUCAGAAAGGAAGUCUGGAUGAUGGCUAUGAGUCUGAUAGAAAGAAAGCCGUAAAUGCUAAAGGAAAGAAAUUUGACGAGAGAGAGCAAAACAAAGAUCAGAAAAAUGCAAAGAGUGGAAAAAAACCACAGUCUGAUCAGGGGGGAACUGAGCCACAGAAGUCGAAGAAAGAGGUCGCUGUAAGACAGAAUGCUGGAGGAAAACAGACAGGUGGUUCGUCUGCGUCUGACCAGGUCAAAGUGACCGAUGAGGUACCGUCAAAUGUUAAUGAGGCAGAAGCUGGAGAUGCGUCAAGCAACCUGGUGGAGAUCACAGUGCCAGAGGACAGCUGCGGAAAGUGUUUGAUGACUUAUUAUGAGAGCCCUGCCAAGUUCUGGAUGUCUCUGGAGGAAAGUUUGGCUGAAUUUGCAGAGUUUUGCACUUUGCUUCAUGAGCUCUUAAAUGAUGCAUCAGUGCAGCCCCCAGAGAGAGUAAAAGCUGGUGAUAUGGUUGGAGCCAAGUACAUGGAAGAAUGGUGCCGAGCUCGGGUGGUGGCUGUCAAGGGGAACAGUGUCACAAUCUUUUUUGUGGAUGUUGGAUCACAAGAUACAGUGGAGCGUCAAAAUUUGAGACCGCUUUCUGCAGACAUGCUUCUCAUUCCUGCACAGGUGUUGUGCUGCUGUAUCAGUCAGUUGAAACCUGUGGGGUCGGGUUCCUGGAGUGAGGCAGCCAAUACCUUCGUCAAGGAAUGGUUCGGAGAGGCAAUGACAAAGAUGUUCAAAUACACAAUGGUGACCAGAAGAGGAUCCAGAUUUGCCAUGAAUCUCAGUUGUAACGGCGAAUCGUUGAGUGAUGUGCUUGUGUCAAGAGGUUUUGCAGAACGAGUCAUCAGCGAACCUAGUUUGCCUUCCUUGAGACAAGGUACAGAGAAGCCAGCAGCUGCUUCUAGGAGGAUGGUAGGCGACAUGAAGAGUGUUGCUGAUGACAUCAAAGUUGGCUCCGAAGUCUUCUGCCUGCUGACUGAGGUGCAGUCCCCUGUAAACAUCUGGGCUCAACCCGUCACGGAAGAUGUGUUGUCGACUGUGCAGAAGCUCGAGACUCUGCUGAAGGAAGCUGCUCUUGAUACUGAACCUUACAGACCUGUGGUUGGGGAGCUGGUGUUGGGGAAAUUCUCAGCAGAUGGCAGCUGGUAUCGUGCCGAAGUGGAAGCAGAGAAAUCUGGGAAGUUCUCGCUGGUUUUUGUGGACUAUGGCAAUAAGGAGGAAUGUACAAUAGAGGACAUCCGGAAAGCCAAAGACACUUUCCUCAAAGACUGCCCAGCCCAGGCAGUAAAGUUUGCCUUUCACAAUGUGUCUAUCCCGUCCAAUGUUGAUGCUGCUGUAGCACAUCAGGAAUUUCAGUCACUUCUAGAAGAGUACAAGAUUAGCCCAGCUAUGAUGUCGGUUAAGCAGAAAAGUGGUAGCCAGCUUGUAAUAGAUAUUACGAACAACACCACUGGUGAAGCCUUGUCUCAAGUCUUUCAGAAGAGGGUGGCAUCUUUACCCCGCUCUUCUCCUUCAGCCGAGACUGCAUCAGCCCAUAGACAGGCGACUGCAGCCUCAAAUAAAUCACCUUUGUCUCCUGCCACCUCAAGCAAAUCUUCUAGUCCCAAGACAGGCAUGGACUUCAGGCAGCCUGGAGCUUCCCUGAUGACCUCACCCGUGGCCGGGAGUAGAGGAACAACGUCAGGAACGGGUGGCGAGGUGUCUUCCUCCUCACCUUCGUCUCUGGGUCCGGAAGCAACCAGUUCUCCAGUUGUCAUGAGUGUGGAGGUCCUGCCUGGGAUGGCCGCCGGUGAUGUCAAAGUUGUAGUGACAUUUUUCCAGGGCUGUACAGAAUUUUACGUGAGACUCAGCAGUCGAGACAAAGAGUACAUUGACAUGAUGUUGAAACUGAACAAAACCGUGGCCUCUAAGCCAGCCCUGAAGAAAGUGUAUCCUGGCAUGAAUGUUGCUGCUUUGUUUGACUUUGAUGAAACGUGGUACCGAGCUAGAGUAGACAACGUCGAAGGGGAAAGCGCCAGAGUCUUUUUUCUGGAUUUUGGCAACUCUGAGUCGGUGGAUUGUUCCCAGCUGAGAGCUCUUCCUCCUGCUCUGCAGUCCUUGCCAGCACAGGCUAUCCGCUGCAGCAUAGAAGAUGUGCCUGACUGCCCACCAAAAACUAUGCAGGAGUUUAAAGAGUGGUUUGAGUACCAAACUGUGCUUGUGAAAAGACUCAGUGCUGAUACUGAAUGCACCAGUGUCCCUGUGGAUGCAUUUAAGCUGGAUGGCACCGACAUCUCUUUACUCCUCAAGACUGAAGCGCGCAAAGCUCUCAAGAGGAAAGAAGUGAGAGCUCAAAUGGAGUCUGUUCAGGGGAGAAAAAUCGCAAACUUUGUGAUGGAGAAGAACAAGCCUAUUGAAGCAGUAUGUGUCUUUGUAGUCAGUCCUUUGGAGUUUUACGUUCAAAUCAUGUCUCACGUGACCGAGGCCAGAAACAUCACGCUAGCUCUGAAAACCCACAUCGACUCGAACCCACGGCCAGUGACCAGUGUCAAAGUCGGGGACUCGGUGGCCAGCAAGUUUUCACAAGAUGAGGAAAUCAUCUGGUACCGAUGUCGUGUGGAGAAAGUGACAGGUGACACGUGCGUUCUGUUCUUUGUGGAUUAUGGCAAUUUUGAAGAGUGCAAUAUCAGUGACUUGAUGCAGCUGAGAGCAGAGGAUGUUGAGAUGCCAGCUUGUACCGUGAAGUGCUGCUUGCGGGGAUGCACGAAGGAUAACGCUGUUACGGAUAACAUUCAUAGCCUCAGUGAGAUGGAUCAAGUGGUGGUGCUGGAUCAGAAUGAGGACAUCUGUACUGUUGACAUUUUGGACAGCCAAGGCCACAGCCUCACUGACCAGUUCAUCAAAGCGCCCGUCCCAGAGAUUCCGUCCUCAAAGCUCGCAGCUCUGUCAAUUUCAUCUCCCAAACAGUCUUCAGUGCCAGAGCCACCUUUGUCAGCAACAAGACGUCUGUCCACAGAAUAUCUACCAGACAGUGGCGAGGCAGUGCCGGUCAUGGUCACUUCUGUGGAGUCGUGCUCGGAGCUCUACGUCGUGGGCACUCUUCAUGUCGCAGAACAGCUGGAGCUGAUGCAGGCUCUGAACGAGGUCGGAGACUCCUUACCUUCCCUGCCCCGGCCCGGUGCGGGCGCUUUGUGUGCGGCGCGGUUCAGCAAAGACCAGAGCUGGUAUCGGGCGUAUGUGGAAGUGAUGCGUGGUGUGGACAAGUGCGUGGUCCAGUUUGUAGACUACGGCAACUCGGAGGAGACGUCUGUGGCAGAUCUAAGGGAGCUUGAUCCUCUGCUGACCGAGUUGCCUGCUCAGGCCAUCCGGUGCUGUCUGGAGGGCCACGAGAAGGGAUUGUCGGAAAAGAAAGCUCUAGAUCCUGACUUUUUGCAACACUUACAAGGUGAACUGCUGGAGAAGCCAGUGACAGUUCAGGUGGUGGAGCACAGGGCAGGGGUCUACAUCGUCCGCAUGGAGAAUGAGCACGGAGAGUGCAUCAGUGGGAAGUUUGCUCCUGAUCCUGACCCUGCUGCCCCAGCGGCCAUCCCUAUGGUCGACGAUCUCAUCUUUGAGAUGCCGUCCGACAGACAGUUUGAUGCUCAUAUCUGUACCUUGGACAGUCUCGCAGACUUCUAUUGCAUGAGGAUAGAAGAUCUGUCGCGGGUGGUGGCUCUGUCCGAGCAGCUGAGGCAGGCUGUGGACAGUGGGGCCCAGGCGGGUUGUCCCAAACCUGUCGUUGGCGGAGUCUAUGCCUGUCAGUACGAGGGCACCUGGUACAGAUGUCAAGUGUGCGAGGUCAAAGGCUCCAUAGUGUCUGUCAAGUACGUAGACUUUGGGAAUUCAGAAGAACGUAGCUCAGAGGAUCUACGAAUGUUGUCACCAGAGCUCAUGUCUUUGCCGGUUUAUCUGAUCAGGUGUAAAUUGUAUGGGGUUGAGCCUGCAGAAGACCUGUCGUGGACCAGCGAGGACCUACUAGCCUAUGGUAGCAUGCUCAGGAACCAGUCAAUCCACCUGCACGUGAAAGGAGAGGAGUCGGACCGCCAGUUGGUGUCUGUGACCGUGCCACAGGAGGACGGUGCGCUGGACAUUGCCUCAGACCUGGUCUCUAUCCAGGUGGCAAGAUAUGUGGACAAGUCUCAGGAUCGGUCAAGAAACCCGCCAGCCAGCCCACCCCGGGCAGGGGCAAGUGACACCGUGUCUGUUGUGCAGGGUCAGAUGGAGGAGGAAGAGGAUGAGGAUGAGAUGGAGCUUCAAAGACAGAUUGCGGAGUUACAGAGAAAGCUGAAGAUGAAGAAAGGCCUUGCAAGCUAGCUUUGCCUGUGUUGGUUAUUAUCGAGCGUAAAUUUCUCCAAAUGUAGGCCCAUGUUUCUUAAGUCUUCAAGUGCACGUUUGUUAAUCUUUUAUUUUACUAAGGAUUGCGUUAUGACACAAUCAACUGUUUUUUUAUAUCUUUGGUUUAAUCUCAGUGGUCGUCUCUGGGUACUUCAUUAAUAGGUUAGCAUUUUUGUGGAAAAGAAUAAUGCAGUUCUUAUUGUGGUCAUGGCACUGGUUUUAUCAGCCCAGGAGGCUGUGCUGACUCUUCAUUCUUUUCGGGUUGCUUAUUUGACAGGUUUCCACCCUUGAGUAUUGGAGUGUUCCAUUAGGUGUUUUAAAUCCAUUGUCUUGUAACAAUUGAAAUGUAUGGAAAGUGGGCUUCUGUUGUUUUCUGGACUGAUGUGUGAUGGUUUCAGUCAUUAUGAUAGUUUGUCUUUGUAGACAUUGUAGGUGUCACUUCUGUAAUAAUAAUCCGUAUUCUGUUUUAUAAUAUGUGUCAAGACGUGAUGGAAUCAGGCACUCCUCAAUUUUUGGGCAUGUGGGGUUAUUUGUAUCAUCUUAAAGCCUGUUCAUUAGCCUUGCUUUUAGUGAAAAAAAUAUCCUUCUAUGUUGAAUAGAAGUCGAAAUAUAUUUACGAUUCAAGGAGGUCAGGGUUACCUGGUUUCAGAGGUGAAUUUAGCGAGAAAGUGGCCUCCAAAGUUUUGUAAUUUCCAAAACUUGAGAGUCCUUGGAAACUGAAAAUUGACAUUCAUUGUGCCGUUAAUCAAUGUUUUU